AUACACAUGUGACUUCACUCAAACAGUCAACUUUCCUUAUUAGAUCGCUGUUUCAUUUUAAAAACUAGGAACUAAAAAGAAAUGUAUUCAUUGCUUGUGUGACCUUGCAUAGCACGUAUCCUUGUAAAAUAGAAUAUGUCACGAUGUCUGGAGAAACUGAGGAGGACUGUUACUGUGGAGCCAGUGAUUUUCUUUUACAUGACCAGCACCUUCAUCAUGCAGCCGGCUAAUCAACACCUGGUCAUGGACAAGGUUUGCCAAGAUCUAUAUACGGACAUAUCCAUAUGCAGUGACUCUGUGCACAGAGAGAGUGAAGAAGUUGAGUCAUGGUCCUCCUACAUCCUGCUGCUCUAUACAGCCAUGACCAGUUUAGUAUCUAUCCCCCCAGCCAUAAUGUUGGGCUCCUGGUCUGACCAUGCUGGCCGCAGGUCAGUGAUGAUUCUUCCGUUUUUACUCUCACUGCUGAGUGGUGGAGUGCUGUUGGCUAUGACUCUGGUGCAAAGCCUGAGUGUCUACUGGUGUCUGCUCACAGCUGCCUUCAUUGGUUUAACUGGUGGCCACGUUUCCAUCUUCCUUAGCUGUUUCAGCUUCCUAGCUGACGUUACUAUGGAAUCCAGCUCUAGCCGCACUAUGCGCAUGGCCAUAGGUGAAUCUAUGGUCUUUGUAGGGGGCAUGGUGGGAUUUCUCCUGGGUGGCUUCCUGGAACAGGAGAUUGGCUUGGUGGCAGCUUUCGGAGCCUACAUUGCCUGCCAUGUAUUAGCCAUAUUUUACAUCCUGCUGUGGCUGCGGGACCCCAGGCCAAACAUCAGCACUUUAAGCUUCUAUUCUACUGAAAAUGAAGAGCAGGCGUCUAGAGGGUUUAUUCUUAAGUAUGUCAGGCUGUCCUUUAGAGCAGUAUUCAAGAGAAGGCCAGGCCAGGAUAGACUGAAACUGCAUCUCCUUAUCCUGUGCACCUUCAUAAACAACCUGGUAGCAAUUGGGGAUAGUUCUAUCUUACUGCUCUAUUUGAUGUAUGAGCCCAGAGAGUUCACAACUGCAAUGUUUGGAGUGUUUAACUCUACCAGAAUGUUCUUGUUGGGAGCUGGUCUCUUGGGUCUGUUCCCUUUGCUGAUGCAUUGCUUUAAGGAGAUGACAUUGGCUAAACUCAGUGCUGUGUUUAGAGCUGCCUCUUAUGUCCUGCUGGCUUUUUCCACUAACACAUGGAUGGUCUACUUGGUGGCUGUACUGGGUAUGCCAGGUGGGAUCACACAAGCAGUGAUUCGCUCAUUGUCUUCCUCUAUUGUGGAACCUGAUGAACAAGGUGCCAUGUUUUCCUUCUCGGCUUCAGUGGAGGCCACUUGCAUCCUCAUUGCUGGCAUCCUAUUCAACGGCCUGUACCCUUUGACCCUUGCUACAUUUCCUGGCAUGCCCUUUAUCAUCAUGGCUACUUUUUCCAUCAUCGUCCUCAUCCUUAUGCAGUGGAUAAGCGAAAUGCCAACCACACAGCCUCGCUUGAUGCUGCAGGACUGAGAAUCUUUCUCUGUGUCAUCCUUUACAGACUUCUAUUUUAUGAUGCAAUGAAGAUAUAUUAAAUCCACCACAAAUUCUACUCCCUACAGAAACUGAGUAUUUAGCUGAAAUAUUACAACAUAUGUACAAUAUUGGCCUGUCUAUUUUUUUCAGAAAUAUCUAUGUAUAUACAUUGACAUACAUUUGAGAUGCUUCUCAUAAAACUAAACAAACAACAAAAAACUUCCAUUCAUGUCAGUAAUGUACAAUUAGCUUAUACUCAAGGUCUCUAGUGGUAUAAAAUAAUAUAAUUAAUCCAUGGUUGAAAAGUUACCAAUGUAAAACCAUGUGGAGUACUUAGUAGAUAUCCUUUGGAGCAGUGCAAUUUAACGGAGUGUAAAAAGAGCCUAAGCCAUAAUAACGACCAUAAUGUAAUAAGUAGGUCUCAAAGGUCAAUGGCAUAUCAAGGCAAGGUAAUUGAGAAUUGCAGCUUUAACUGUUCUCCGCAUAAAGCCAUUCCACAGCUAGAGCAAAGGAACCAUCCUCAAUGUUUUUCUUCACCUCUAGAGCCAGGGCCGGAAAUUGGUCUCUAAUUAGGGAGGUUGUAUUUAAUCAUGGGCCAAGCUAUGUUGAAAUCACUGGCCCUAUUAAUUGGGCUGCAGGCUUUUUGUGUUUGUUAAAACAGACUGCCAUUUAUAGAGUACACUAUAUAUACAGUAUUUAUAUAUACACAGUAUAUAUAUAUAUAUAUAUAUAUAUAUAUAUAUAUAUAUAGUUCUGUGCAAAAGUCUUAGGCACCAUGUUAUAUGCUGUACCAAUUUUGUUAUACAUGUUUAUCAUGUCUGCAUAAUUAUGUACAAAAACAUUCAUUAUUUCCAUUUAUAACUUAAAAAUUAAUACAUAAAUAAAAUAACAGGAG